ACUAACUUAUCUCAAUUUGGUUGCGGACAAUGUUAUUUCUUAAAUUAAUGAAACACAGAUGAACUUUUCUGUUGUUUGAAGAUCUGAGGCUUUUUCGUAAUGAAAGCGCUGGAUAUCGGGGCAGGACAAUGCAUUCUUUCUGUGAAUUCGCGCUUCUGAAUUUCUUACCGAAUGUGUUAUGUCAUUUUUCGACGGGUUUACAAACUAGCAGGUAAACUUGGUUGCAAACGUAGACAAGAUAAUCCGAUGAAGAGUACAGUUAGUCGUGUUACGCUAACAGUGUCUUGCUUAAGUGUAUGAAAGAGUACGAUUUUUUUCCUCUGUUAUACCACUAUUUGCUGUCGUUGACAGCGCUACAGAUAGUUCGCUAGGUUAAUAACGUUAGCUGACUUAGCUACAUCCCUAAAUAGGUGACUUAUCUAUCUUGCUGCGAGUUAGCUAGCUCAAGUGGACUCUCUACUUGGUAUCCAUCAACGCGUAUACUCAAUAAACUGACUAGGUUGUCUCUGACUGGACGCUUUAACUCCAUUAAAUCUAACAUCUGGACAAGUUCCCUGACAGCACAAAAUCAGGGUCUUCAAACACAUCUGAAGCUAGUCACAAAGAUUAUAGGAGCAACUAACGUGCCUAACUUAGCGCAUCUGAUAUCUUGAUACCCAAGUUGUCGAUUCCUUUUUUAAAUUCGAGCCCUUGUGCUGUUUCUCUCUCGUCUAAUAAAAUGCUAUAGUGGGAAAAUAUACUGGGAGUCGUUCCCAUUGAAUUAUCUCGCGGCCUGAAAUUGAACCGAAGACCGCGGCGUUUGGCCUGCUGGUCAGGCUUUCGCCGGGUUCGACUGGGGGUUCAUACCGUCUUUGAGCGGGUUAAGUCCAGCCGCAAACAUAACGCAUUCUCAGGCCUGGGGACCAGCAAUGGAAAGAAUGGAGGUUGACCAGUGCGCAGGCGCAUCUGCCGUAAGCGGAGGCGGAGCUCUUCGGAGGUCGAACAGCGCCCCGAUGAUCACAAGUGUCAGCGAUGGGAUGACAGUAUUUAGUCAAAGCACUUCAGCUCGCUAUCGACGGAGCAGUGUCUCUGUAAACCCAAGCUGUCCCUCUAGAGUGCUCCCCCUUUCACCUUUCUCAUUUCCAAACGAAAGACCAGAGCACAAAAGACAGGUAGAGAACAUGGAGCUAACACUCAGAGAUAGUCUGCAGAGGCUAAGUGCCUCUCCUGUGGUACCUCUGCCUCCUGUCAGUCAUUGGCACGACCAUAUGUCAACAGGAUUCCAUUCCCAGGACACGGGUGUCACUCCCAACUCGUCACCAAGUCCAACACGCCGAUUCAGGCCGGGGACAGUAAAUUCUAGUGUGAGAUGGCCUGCUCUAACACCUCUCAAAAGGAAAGGUGGAAUAGAAUCUGAUGGCCCACCCAAAAAGCUGUUUGUCGCCGGCGUUACAGACCCCACCCACAUACCUAGUUACGCAGUCAGUGUUUCUCAGUCUUCAGACUGUCCCUCUGGAACUGUCCCUGUAUGUACAAGUCCUCAGAGUAGCCCCCUUUCCAUUUCCUCACCCCCAGCAUUCACCUCUCAUCAUCAGAGCCUCUAGAUAUCCUCGCACCAGCAUUAACCAGCUCAAGAAACCCCUUUGACAGUCUGUCUGAGCCAGGGAGAAAACCUAGUCUGUCUGAGACCCAGAGUCAAUACGGACUGACUGUCAAAGAAAAGGGCGAGAGGGUUCAUGCAGUUCACCAAUCAGGUUCCAGAGUUUAGUAAGCCAAUUGGAGGUCAGUUUCCCUCUUGGUUCAUCCGGAUCCCACCUUAAAAGAGUCUUGAUAAACUCGACGGGCUCUUCGUUUUUCGGAGAAGCCAUUUCGGUCCGUAAAAAAAAAAAAAAGUCAAGAUGCAGUAUGAGGAGGCAAAGAGAAGAGGGCGUGGAUUUUAUCCGAUAACUGCGCGAAAUGCACAAAGACGGAGGUCUCCUGACCCGUGAUUUGUUUUAGUUGUACCAAUCUUUAGGUCUUCAGUGUUUAUGGAAUUGCACAUAUAAAUACUUUUGACUUCCAGACUUGCUCAAGGCAAUCUCAACAGUGUGUGUGUGUGUGUACUGUAGUGACGGCAAUUAAAGUUUUAAAGAAAAGAAAAAGGAACAUGGACCCUUCACCGGUGUGCAAAUAAAGACCAGAGACAAGCUCUCCUCUCGAUUCCCCCACCGUACAGGAUAAAGAGAGGCAAGUUGUCUUUUGGUUCGGAGAUCACUGGUGCUGUCCAAAGAGGUCUUCCAAAACGGAGUCCGUAUAGUAAUUCAAAUACCCUUUUUGAAGGGUUUUAUUUCAAAGGGUGUUAAAAUCAGUGAGCUUUGGGUAGCCACGUUCCUGUCUAUAUGUGUAUACUGUAUGUGAAUAAUCAAGCAAGGUUUAAGAUCUUCAUUUUUUUUUUUUUUUUUUCUUUUGAAGGAAUUUUUAGGAUAUAUUUUUUCAGAUAUCCGAGAGUAUGUUUUCCUAGUUAUGGGAUCUUCUCACUAUAUUAAUAUGCUGGGUUUUUUGGAACCACAUGUUUUAGUUUUGAAUAAAACAUGGGUGUGGCUAGAAAGAAUAUGAAAUCCAUGACAAGGAUGAGGAAUUCUUUCUCCAAAUUACAUGUGGGUACUGAAGAAAAGGAUAUUCAUAGUAAGAUUAGCAUUUUCUUAGCCAUUCAUACAGAAAUUUUGCAUCGUCAAUGCUUACGUUUGAGUCGGUAAAGCAAACCAAACAAAUAAUUCAUAUCAUGUUUAUAGAGUAACAACCUCCUGAUCCUUAACUUGAAGUAUGUAUAUAUAAAGAAAGUAUAAGCUGCUUGGAGAAGGUGGUCAUAUAUGUAAAAACGUAAGUAAAUGAAUUUGUGUAUCCUUCACACAAUACUUUUUUUUUUUUUUUUGUAAUUUCGAAAAGAAAGGACAAAGUUUCCUUAAAUGUAUAUCAGUUUGCUUCCAACUGACUAUUUGCACAUUGUUAGACAUUAUCAAUAUAUAUCAGUAUUGCUGUUACGUGAGUGGGAUCAUAUUUCUUUUAAAAAUUGUUUUAUUGUACGUUGGUCCGCUUGUUUUUGAUUCUAAUCGGCGGAUCAGCGUUUUGGUCUUUUUUUUUUUUUUUUUUUUUAAAGCCAAGUAUAAUUUUUGUGUACUGUCAGUCAUGCUUGAGAAUCACACGCCACAUUGUUGGAUCAGUAAUGUGAAAGUCAAGAUAGUUAUUUCUGAUUGACACCCAACUAAAAAAUAUUUAGUUAACAUCCCCCUGAAAUCAAGUUUUGUUUUUUUGUUUUUUGCAUAAAACUGUUGUACGUAAUUGAGUUCCUUCUCUGUCUUUCCUGUCAGUUCAGCCAGUUUUCAGAAUUCACAUUAAAUCAAAAUGCAAAUGCAGUAAGGUGAGAUUUAACAGGUGGGACCUCCACGUGUUUCAUCCAUUUCAUACAUACAAAACAGAACUCUCUUUACAAGUUUGAUUGUAUUGGUAGACUGGGUUAUUCUGCCUGUAGACUGGCUAGACUUCAAAAAUGCUUUUUUUCGUUUCCAAAGCCAAAGGUGUCUUGGCUACGUUUAGACACAGAUAAAGAGUUGCACAAUUACUGUGCAUCUAUGUAUCAUAGAUGUACAAUUUUUUUUCUCUGUCAGCCUUAGACAUGUUAAAAUUAUUUUAUUGCCUUCUUUUUUGUAUUUCAUGGUUUAUGAACAUUAUUGACUAGUAAUGCAGCUGAAAAAAAA